UACCUUAUCUCUUCAUCUUCAACCUCUCUCUCUCUCUCUCUCUCUCUCUCUUCGAGAACCCCCACCUAAACCCAGAUUCUGUAUUCGCCGCCAUCGCAACCCACGACCCAGAACUUCCAUCCAUGGAUCUUCGAAGACCGGAGGAAGUUGUAGAAGAAGAAGGAGGAGGAGAAGGAGGAGAAGACCAGAUCGGUCGCAUACCGGACGACCUCCUCCUCCACAUCCUCGGCCGUGUCCACGACGCGAGGUCCCUCGCCCGCUGCCUCGCCGUCUCCAGGCGCUUCUCCUCCCUCGUCCCCCUCGUCCCCACCGUCUCCCUCUCCUUCCCCUCUCGCCUCCUCCGCCGAGCCUCCUCCGGCCGCUGGCGCCCCCGGAGCAGCGGCAGCUACUUGUCUCGUCUCCUCGACAAAUUCGUCCGCAGCCCGCUCCGCUCCCUCUGCCGCGUCGUUUCGCCCAAAUUGGCCUCGUGCUCCGGCGGAGGAGACGGCGGCGACGACUGCGACUGCGAUAACGGUUCCCGUCCCACCCCGGGCGAAGUGCUGAAACCCUUCAAAGGGAUCGAGUCGCUGCGCGUGGAGCUCCCCUCCUGCGUCGACGCGGUCGGGCUCAACGGCAAGCGCACGGUCCUCAGGUGGACGGCUCGAUUCGGGGGCGAGAUGGAGAGCUGCGUCGUCCUCGGAGCGAAUUCGCUGCGGAGGAGAGACGCCGCCGCAGCCGCCGACGCCUCCUCGGGAGAGGAAGGCGCGCCGGAACCGAGUCCGAGAGCCGUCGGAGAGGUCGAGCUCGAGCCCGCGCCGGUGAUCGCGGAGGAGGAGCUGAAGUUGCGAGUGGUCUGGAUCAUUUCCUGUCUGAUCGCCGCUUCCGCGAGGCACUACCUGCUGAAGCAGAUCGUAGCGGAUCAUCCGAUGCUGAAGAGCGUGUCGAUCGUCGACUCGGACAAGCAGGGGAAGGUCGGGAUGCGCGAGGAAGAGAUCGCCGAGAUGAGGAGAUCCUUGGACUCGGCGCCGGCGGCCGCCGACGACGACGCGGCGGCGGCGGAGAGGAUCCGAGUUCCGGACCUGAGGAUGAAGCUGUGGUACGCGCCGGAGUUGGAGCUGCCGGAGUCCGGGUACGUGAUGAGAGGGGCGACGAUGGUGCUGAUCGCGCCGGCGAGCAAGGCCGGCGGGGAGCAGGGGAAGGCGAAGGAAGGGGGCGACCUGGGCGAUGCGGCGGCGAAGAGCGCGAGCUUCGAGGGAGGCGACGGGGAGGAGGAAGCGGCGUUCGGCGAGGCGGUGAGGGAGAUGAGGAAGAUGAAGAAGACGUACGUGCUGGAGAUGAAUUCCUUCUGAGAUGAGAUCGGACGCGGCAGAUUGUUUGUUUUUUCUUUUUUUUUUUUAAUGUUUCGACUUCCUCGGUUUUUUUUUUUUUUGGCACACAUGUGUAUGGUCGAAGCACGGGGUCGAUUUGUUGAUUCAUUAGUGGAACAAAUAAGGUUUCAAACUCUGUCGAGACGCUCGGUGACGAGAUCACGGCCUCUUCAUCUUGUCCAUCUCUCUCCUCCUCCUCCUCCUCCUCCACUUUUUUUCUCUUUCGUGCGGCAGAUACUGCUUGUGAGGUCCGCCCCGAACCUUCGUUCCCGACGCGAAACGAGUCGUGUUGCCGACCCGCAGGCGCUUGUAAUUCCCUUUCGGAUAGAUCGAACUCGUCGAAUUAAUUAGAUUCUUAAGGCAGGGCCCCCGAUUAAAUCGUGGGAGUUUGGUUUUAAAAUCCUUGAACACGUUUUUUCUUCCUUUUUUUUCCAAGUAAGACAGCUCAACAUAGCUGCUGCAAAAUGUACUUGCCGUCGGACAAAGGACAAAAGAAACACGUAUGCGCUGCGACCACCGUAGAAUGAUUGGAAUGGUGAGGACGGAGCUCAUGAUUAAAAUCAACGCUGACUCGAAAUAGGUCAUCCGUGAUGUCAAAAAGGGGCCGCUGCCCUGCUUGCUUUUGAAGAAUUCGCAGCUUUCACAAGGACUUAAAAUGUUGAUAUUCUUCUGGUUCAGAGGUCGACUAAAGAACAUGAAGUUAGAUCGUCUUGUCUUCUGUAUUUACAUUCACUCGUUCACCCGAGAGAAUUAACUCUUUUUUUUUUUUCUUUGGGCUAGUAGAAAGUGGUUGGGAGGAGACUGACCGGCCGCCCCAUCGGCGUUAUCAUGGAAUUUCCACAUCUUGCGGUUUUAA